CAUUUGCCGCCUGCCAGCCAAAUGCCUUUGACCUUGGCCACCUGGGAAAAAGUGAAGGUCUGGAUGAGGAGCUAUAAAAACCGUGAUCCACCAGCAACAGGGAUUCAGUUUGAUCAGUGAUCACCCCAGGACUACAUCGACCGCAAUGAAGUUGCUAAUUUUCGCCUGCUUGCUGGGUCUGGCUUUGGGCCAUGAUGUGUACACCUACUACACCCCGACCUAUGGGUACUAUCCGGCUGCCUAUGCCAGGACCUCCGCUGUGCUGCCUCUGGCCUACUCCCGCCUGGUGGCCCCGGCAGCUGCCGAGUCACACCUCUACCACAGUGUCCAGACCCCGAACUCGUUCCAGCAGCAAUAUCGCAGCGACUACAAGCCCCUGACCUAUGAGUACAUCUACUAAGCGGUGGAGAGCAUUAAACUCACAUGGAGGGGAAAUCUUCCACUGAAAGAGAUUUGUAACCAAGUGAAAUUUGAAUAAAGUUCGACCACUUCGCAUCA